UCACAAGUGUGCUGGCAGCAUCCCGAGCCGAAGCUGCGAGACUUUCCCGGAACGGUUCCCCCACUCGCGCCUCCGAAAAACCAAUCCCCUCAAGGAUGACGAGCGGUUCUAGCGUCUUGGCCAGCACAGUGGCCUCAGCCUCGACAGCCGCGAUGGAGGACCUCCGCUUCAGCAUCACGGACUACGUUGUCUUCUCCCUGAUGCUGAGCGCCUCGGCGGGCAUCGGGGUGUACUUCGGGUUCUUCUCGAAGGCCAAGAACACCACCGAGGAGUACCUGCAGGGCGGCAAGAAGAUGCCCACCCUGCCGGUGGCCAUUUCCCUGGUCUCGAGUCAGCUCUCCGGCGUGGCCAUGAUGUCUGUUCCGGCGGAGACCUACUCCUUCGGCUUCAACAUGAUAUUCGUGGUGUGGGCCAUGGUCUUGGCGGUGCCCGUGCUCAUAUAUGUCAUCGUGCCCGUCUUCUACGAUAACAACGUCUCCAACUGCUACGAGUACCUGGAGAUGCGGUUCAGCAAGCGCUGCCGCCAACUGGUGACCAUCACGUUCGUCCUGAAUCAGUUCCUGAUGCUGCCCGUCUACAUGUUCGUGCCUUCGCUGGCCUUCUCCCAAGUCACCGGCUACAACAUCCACCUGAUCAACACGGUGGUGUCGUCCAUCUGCGUCUUCUACACGAUGCUGGGCGGGAUCAAGGCCGUGGUCUGGACAGACGUGGUCCAGGGAGGCGUCAUGUUGCUCUCGGUUGUCCUGGUGGCCAUUUUGGGAACCUCGAACACCGGUGGCUUGGGCAAUGUUCUCGAGAGCGCCUCCGAAGGUGGCCGAUUCGACUUCAAUUUUGGGCUGGAUCCCCGCCUGCGCCUCACCUUCUUCACCGGAAUGGCCAGCGGUCUGCUGAUGUGGACGGGCAAGAUAGGACUGGACCAGAGCUGCGUCCAGCGGAUCGUGUCCAUGCCCUCCUACGGCCAUGCCAAGAAGUGCCUUGUCAUGGCUGGCGUUGGCUUCCUGCUCAUCAUGUCCUUCACCUGCUUUGCUGGCAUCAUCAUGUUCGCCUACUACUACGGAUGUGAUCCCAUUCAAGCGGGGCUGGUCAGCAAGCCGGACAAGCUGAUGCCCUUCUUCAUCCAGGACAUAAUGGGCCACCUGAUGGGCAUGCCCGGCGUGUUCAUCUCCUGCGUCUUCAGUGCCUCCCUGAGCUCCCUCUCCGCCAGCCUCAACUCGUUCGCCGGAGUGGUCUACUUCGACUACAUCAAGCCGCGAAUCCGGCACACGGAGGCCAAGGCCAACGCGACCAUGAAGCUGGUCAUCGUGGUCAUGGGAGCCUACUGCAUCGUGGGCGGCUUCGUCGUGCAGAACUUCAACUCCAUCAUCCAGACGAUGUGGACGAUCACGGGCAUCAACAUGGGCGCGGUGGUGGGCGUCUUCUGCCUGGGAAUGUUCGUGCCCCGCUGCAACGCCAAGGUGGCGGUGAGUGGAAUCGCCUUCAGUGUCCUGGCGAUGCUGUGGAUUAUCAUCAACGGCCAGAUGAACUUCAAGGCUGGGCUCAUCAAGUACGAACCGCUGCCGAACGGUCUGGACCAGUGCGAAGCCAAGGAUUUCCAGGUCAUACUGAACGCCAUAAAUACCACCACCACAGUGGCCACCACGCCGAUUCCCUCCCUGGAUGCACCCGAGCUGGUGACCACCGCCUUCGAGAGCAACCGCGACUUCUCCAUCUACGACAUUUCCUUCUACUGGUACAAGGUGCUGGGUGCCCUCUUGGUCUUCGCCUGGGCCAUUCCCAUGAGCUACGUUUGGCCCCUGGACAAGGACGAGAAGCAGAACCCCAAGCUCUACUCGCCCUUCGUCCGGAGCUGGCUGAACCAGUCCUCCCCCGUCCUUGAGUUGGAGGAGUUGCCUCUGAAGACGCCCCUGUCCGAGGAGCAAGUCAAGGAGAAGCCCAACGGCCAUCCAGUAGAAGCCUAAUGAAGCACAUCAUAACAUUUGUACAUUCCUGCUAGAAUUAUUCACUACCCUUAAGAACUGUAUCCAAGAGAUGCAAAGUAUAGAUAUCGAAAGAAAGUUCCUACCGUUUGUUAAAAUGAAAAGAAUCAGAAGCAAGGUUGUUUUCAAAAGCUUAAGGGUUCUACAGUUUCAAUGAUGUUGCCUCAAGUUUUUAAUUAAUAAACUGACAUUUUAUGUGGUAAACCGCCCAAAGUGCUGCCAAACAA